GGAAGGAAGGACAGCUACACUUCAACUGGACAGCAGUUCAUCCAAGGAGCUAACAUGGACAAUAAGGCACUGGAACCCGAUUCUGUGAGUCUCCCCAUGGAGGAGCCUUUAGUGUGCAAUGGAUGGAGCCAGCCUUUACCUCAGCAGGAGUCGACCAUGUUGGCCCAUCAGAACAAGGUUGAGAACCAGCUCACUGAUGGGCAGUGUUUCUCCCACCUACCUAAACGCACAGCUGUGGAUCUGGAGUUUGUUGAUGUCUCCUACACCAUCCAAGAAGGACCAUGUUGGCGGAGAACAGGUUUCAAAGCUUUACUGAAGUCCCUUUCUGGGAGGUUCUGCAGUAGAGAGCUGAUAGGAAUCAUGGGGCCCUCUGGGGCCGGCAAGUCCACUUUAAUGAACAUUCUGGCUGGGUACAGAGAAACCGGGAUGAAGGGUCAGAUCCUGGUAAAUGGAAAACCCAGGGACCUGAGGACAUUCAGGAAAAUGUCUUGCUACAUCAUGCAGGAGGACAUUUUGCUGCCCCAUCUCACUCCCAGAGAGGCUAUGAUGAUUUCAGCUAAUUUGAAGCUUGAUGAAACCCAGGAAGUGAAAAAAGAGCUGGUGAAUGAGAUUCUGACUGCCUUGGGGCUCCUUGACUGUGCCCACACUCGCACUAGCUCACUCUCUGGUGGUCAGUGUAAACGUCUGGCCAUUGCAUUAGAGCUGGUCAACAACCCCCCUGUCAUGUUCUUCGAUGAGCCCACCAGCGGUUUAGACAGUGUGUCCUGCUACCAAGUAGUCUCCUUAAUGCGCUCUUUGGCACUGGGAGGACGUACCAUCAUCUGCACCAUUCACCAGCCAAGUGCCAAAUUGUUUGAGAUGUUUGACAAGCUUUACAUCCUCAGUCAGGGUCAGUGCAUCUACAAAGGCACAGUGCCACACCUGAUCCCCUACAUGAAGACUCUGGGUCUCCACUGUCCGACCUAUCACAACCCUGCAGAUUUCAUUAUUGAAGUAGCCUCAGGAGAGUAUGGGGACAUGAACCCUGUGCUCUUUGAGGCAGUUCAAAGUGGAAUGUGUGCCAUGGAACACCAUAAGAACACUCGUGAAACCAAUGGGACGUUGGUUUGUGCCGCAAACGGCUCCAUGAAUACUGGCCACAUAGAAAGUCAUACUUUUGCCACAAGCACUCUCACACAGUUCUGCAUCCUCUUCAAGAGAACCUUAAUAACUAUAUGUCGAGAUCAGGUUUUGACCCACCUUAGACUGAUCUCCCACAUCACCAUUGGUAUAAUAAUAGGUUUGCUCUAUUUGAACAUUGGAAAUGAUGCCAACAAGGUGUUUAACAACACAGGAUUUCUCUUCUUCUCUAUGCUGUUUCUCAUGUUUGGAGCACUUAUGCCAACAGUGCUGACCUUUCCUCAGGAGAUGUCUGUAUUCCUGCGGGAGCAUCUGAACUACUGGUACAGCUUGAAAGCUUAUUACCUGGCUAAAACCAUGGCUGAUAUCCCAUUCCAGGUGAUCUGCCCCAUCAUGUACUGCAGCAUUGUGUACUGGAUGACAGAGCAGCCUCCUGAGGCUACCCGCUACCUACUCUUUAUAGCCCUGUCAAUCUGUACUGCACUGGUGGCCCAGUCAUUAGGCCUGCUGGUUGGUGUUGCUUCCACAUCUCUCCAGGUAGCUACGUUUAUCGGACCCGUGACAGCGAUUCCAGUUCUGCUUUUCUCUGGGUUCUUUGUGAACUUCAACACUAUCCCUAAUUAUCUGCAGUGGAGCUCCUAUGUGUCCUAUGUCAGGUACAGCUUUGAAGGGGUGCUACUGUCCAUCUAUGGGAUGAACCGCUCAGAGCUGGAGUGUCCUGGGAAGGUGUGUAAGUUCCAACACCCUGAAGAGGUUCUACAGCUAUUAGAUGUGGAAGAUGCAAAGCUCUACAUCGAUUUCAUUGUCUUGGGUAUCUUCUUUAUCAUCCUUCGACUGACCACUUACCUCGUGCUACGCUACAAGAUCAAAUCUGAGAGAUAGGUUUCCCUGUCCUCCUCAAUAGACUCGUUCUUGAGUACAGAUAUUGUCACAUUGAAGUUUGUUUACUUCAUUUUCUGUGAUCGCUGCUAAAUAGACCGGACACAAAUUCUGAGUCUGUGGCCAAGAAAUUGCUGGAGUAAGAAUGCAGAGAGAUCAAUGAAAAAAUAAUUUAUUUCUGACAAACCAGAGAAAUUAA